UUGUUUUCUAGAAUCAAAUAAAAAUAGUAGAAUUUACGUGGUGUAUGAUUUUUCUAAACCCUUUAUGAUAAAUAUGGCAUAUUUAACUAUGGACCCAUUUAUAUGGCUUUUUUAAACUUUGGCAAUAGUUUAUGGGAUUUUAAAGCCCAUAUGGAUGGAAUUCAUUUGUCAAAAGCCCAUAAUGUGUGUAUUGUAGUUUAUUUAGGUUAUUUUAGUAAUUUUAAGUAUUUAAAUUUUUUUGGUUCAGUUUUUUUUUGAACAUAACCGUUUUUUUUGUAGAGUUUUUGCAUGUAAUCAUCACGAUUUGAUGGUUGCUUAUACAUUUGUAUUUUACUUUUGCAGUUUCAUACUUGUGGUGAAUUUCUGUGUGACAGUGUAAGAAACUAGUUUCUUUUUAUUAUGUUUUAUGUCUUUACUGUUUGAGUCUAUAAUUCUGGUAUCGGUUCUUUCAAAAACCGGUUUCUGAUACAUGUGUUUAUUGCUUUUCUGUGGCAUUUAGAUGUGGUAUUCUAUUACCUUAGGAAGAAGAUUAAGCAAGACGAUACUUUGAACCAGAUGAUUACCACUACCGAUUGUUGGUUUGAUCAAGUCAUAUGGAAUUCCUACAAUCAAUUCUUGAAAUCGGGUUCUAAUCCUUCUAAGAUUGACUUUGAUAAUGUCAUUCCUAGAUACAUUGUUGGUGAGUAUUUGUUUUGUAAUACUCCUUGGGUGCUUACUGACCAUGUUCUUAUAUAUGUCGAUAUUCAAAAGCAAAAACAUUGGAUAUUGGUCCAUUUUGAUAUCAAGGAGAGGAUGUUGAACGUAUAUAACUCCAUGUCUGGUGCUCUCAACAAGAAACGUGCCUUGGAUCAUGUGAAAGCUUAUUCUAUUAUGCUGCCAUUUUAUUUGGAGUAUCUUGAUGUUUAUUCUACUAGGCCGGAUCUUAAUUUGGUUCAAGGUCCAUAUUCUGUUGGGAAAAGAGAAACUUUGAAUUUCAAGUUCAUAGAUGGGCUUCCAAGUCAGGUCAAUAGUGACUGUGGAGUGUUUGUCAUCAAAUUUGCUGAUUUUUUCAUUCGUGGAAAAAUUGAUGACAUUCCAGCUAAGAUGUCUAAUUUGGUAGCAGUAUAUAGAGAUGAUCUUGCUGUGAGUUUGUUUAUUCAUGCUAAGAGGAAACAAAUUGGUGGUUAUAUAACUGAUGAUGAAGUGUUGAAAAAGGGGAAGAAAUCAAAGGAUAAUGCAAGUGUUAAGGCAAAGGUCAAAGGGAAGGAUAUUCCAAAGGAAAAAGGCAAAGCGAAAUGAUUUCAGAUGAAUGAAUAGAUGUUUAUAAUAAUUAGGGAUGAGCAAAAAAUCCAAGAAACCGACCAAACCGAGUAAACCGACCGUCCAAACACCGAAAAAACUGACACCGAAAAAAUCGAAAACCGAAAAAA